AUGGGCAUCUGUUUAGACACUGAACAAAAUAAUGAAGAAUUCGAGACGGGAGGAGAUCGAAGUCGCCGUGAGAGCGCGUGGCCAUCCUCGCCGUCCGGCGUUCCCUUCCCGAUGCAAAACUCCAGCCACGUCAAAUUCGAGCCACCGAGUGUUCCUGUUAUAUUUGUUUUGGGGGGCCCAGGAAGCGGCAAGGUGACUCAUUGCGACAACCUCAUGCAGGAGCGCCGGGGCCUCGUGCACAUCAAUAUGACGGAUUUACUCCAGCAGUACGCGAUUGGGAAUGACAUGCAAGACUUCGGGGCAUUGUCGAGCAAGACGGUGACAGAAGUACUGAUGCUGGAGAUGAAGAUGGCGCCCACGGCGAAGACCUACCUCGUGUCAGGAUACCCGCGAUCUAUGAGGGAUGUCGCUGAAUAUUCAGAUAAGAUCCAGACAAUAAGCGGCGUGGUGCUGGUCUCCUGGCGGCAGCGGGUUCUGGAGCGUCAGAUCGAGUACGGUGCAAGACUGGGGCACGUCGUGCUCAGUUUGGCAAGAAUGGAACUGAGCAACUUCUAUAGAAACGUGAUGCCCGUCGCGGACUACUUUGACCAGAGCAACAUGUUAAUCGCUAUAAACGGCGAAAGAAACCCAGAAGAAGUUUACAAAGACUUUCGAGCAGGAGUUCUUCAAAUUCUGGAUGCGGUGGAGGAACAAGGCUUGAAUGGAGUUGGUGUUGGCGCUCAAGGCAUACCAGGCGAAAUAGUUGGUGUCGAACCAGCACCGACAAGGAUUCGUGAAGGUGACCCAUUAAACGCUCAGGAUGUAGAUAUCGAAGAUGAUGAUUUACCCGCAACGCAGAUACCAAUAGUGCCAGCUGCAAUUCCAGUGCCAGUUUCGAAUCAUUUGCCAGUCGCGCCUGCGCCGAAAGCUAUGCCAGUCAAUGGAAAUGUUGAUAGAGUCAUAAGUCCAAAGGCUGAAGUGAUAAGGGUUCGCGGUGUUUCGACAACACCGCCGACACUGUGGGUGGUCGGCGGUCCCGGCAGUAACAAGGCUACGUUGUGCGAACGAGCCGUUACCCAGAGAGAAGGUUGGACGCAUUUUAGUCUCGGACAACGUCUCCGAGCGUUAGCUGAUGCUGGAGGUGGACCAGCAUCAGAUGGAGCUAUCGCUCGAGCGGCUGUAAGUGGUGGGGAGCUGGUACCAAAAGACUUGAUCACAAAACUAGUGACAGCCGCUGUCACUGAUGCAUCUAGAAGUGGACACGGCAUAGUUCUGGAUGGCUACCCAAGGGACUUGGAACAAAUGCAGCAGUAUGAAAAAGAGUUCAAAGUGACACCGCGUAUGGUGCUCCUGGAUUGUUCGAAGCUGCAGUUGGGUCGAGGCCGAAGAGAUGACUCGGUGGCCGCUUUCAGGAGACGUCUCGAGGUCUUCAGGGAACAGAGCCUGCCCAUGUUGAAAAACCUGGACCAACAACAUCGGCUUGUCAUAGUCGAUGGAGACACGGACUCUUCAGAGGUUCAAGAGGAGUUUACAAGAGUAUUGAUGGAGGAGAUGGAGAAAGCGGAAGCCAUCGCUGCCAUCCCACAACAUGACCAGGCGCCUUUACCACAGAAUGGCAAAGUUUCAGCUAACGGGUCACUACCGAACGGAUCACUACCGAACGGGUCGCUACCGAACGGGACGGUCAGCAAUGGAUUCAUUGGCAUGGCUAACAAUAAGGUGAAGCCAAUGAUGAGCAACGUCUCCAAGAUCCCGACCGUCUCACAAAUGACUCACGACCAAGUUAGAAGGCUCUACGAACAGAGUUCCGGAGAAAUUACAAUGAACACACACAUGUAG